AUGUCGGCAGUCUACUCGAUCUACACCUCGCCCAACCAUGCGCCCAUCCCCAACCAUCUUCCCACGCUCAUCGUCACGCCCUACGGCCAGCCACACCACACGCUCUACUCGUACAUCCACACCAACUUUAACAAGGAGACGUACCUGCUCACCCCCUCGCCGCAGGGCGACCUCUGCGUCGCCAAGAUGGUGCCGCCGCCCGGCUCGCGCGGUCCCGGCGGCGGCUCCUCCGACGGCGGCCACUCCAACGGCCAUUCGGACAAGACGGUGCGCUGCGAGGCAUCGCGCAACCUCAAAUGGUCCAUCACCAACACGGGCAUCCACGCGCCCGUAUACAAACUCACGCUCCCCAAUCCAGACGCGCCCGGACACGAACAGCCGCUCUUCCAGAUCUCGAAACCCAACCCGAACGCAACCUGGUGGACCAUGUUCUACUUUACCUACGCCGGCCAUCUCAUCCCACCAAAGCGCAUCGAGUUUGGCAAGAUCCAGAAGAACGCCGCGGCAGGAAGCGGUGGUGGCGGCGGAACGCGUGUGACCAUCGCAGGAAAGACGCCCGAGGAAAAGGCCGUGUGGCAGACGCUCGGCGAGGGCAACGAGGACAUGGUCGAGUGGAUCGUGCUCUGCGCAGCGCUCAACGUGCUCGACGACGAGAUCAUCAAGGCGGCGCAGUCCACAGAACCCAAGCGCGCCCCUGCGCCCUCGGCGUCCACAGCCGUACCCUCCAGCCGCCCUGCCGUGGGCGGCGCGAUGCGUGGCCCGAACCCACCACAGCAAAAGAUGCCCAUGCCCGUGCCGCAGCCGCAGGGAGGCGUCAAUGCCGGAUACCGCGGCCCUAGUCAGGCGGCCGGUAUGAGGCCAGCACAAGGCGCAGGUCCGCAGCCCAACCCGCAGAUGUACCAGCAACAGCGCGGGCCACCACCGCCGCAGCAGUAUCGCGCCCAAGGCCCACCCCAGCCGCAUCCACAGCAGGGCUAUGCACCGCCGCCGCAACAGCAUGCCCCACGCGGUCCCGUCCCCGCCAGCGGUCGCCGGUUCUAG